GCUCUUGAUUUGUUUCCUUGUUCAUAUUUAGUGAUUUGUUUCCUUGUAGGAAUAGAAUUCCUUUUGUGUUUUGGUCUUUAUCCUCUCCUAUAAAUAAAGGAGAAACUCCUUGUACUUAGCAGAACAAUUCAAUAUACAGAAUAUUUUCCCUCUUAUUAUUUUCUUCAUGGUAUCAGAGCAAGAUUCCUAGGGAAAAACCCUAAUCUAGACAUACGACGGUCCAUCACCGUCCUCCGCCGGUUCAAGCCUGUCUUCCGCCGGAUCACCGACAUCGACCGCCGGACUAUCCUCCUCGACCGUCGACAUGGCAGAAGUAGAAGAAAAUCUCGUCGGCAAGCUUUUCGAUGAGGAAGAAAAAAUCCCUACGAAGGGAAGUUCUUACGAACUCAAGAACGCAGACACACCUGGAUUAAUUAUCACCCAAGUCAAACUAAACGCGCUUGCCAUCCAACGCGACAAAGAAAAGGUUCACCAAUUUCUAAUGGGAUUGGAUAACGAAGGAUAUGGGAGUCUACGAUCUAACAUCAUCGCCACAGAACCCUUGCCACCACUGAAUCGCGUAUACUCCACCAUCAUCCAGCAGGAAGGGGUCUUGAAGACUACUCAAGAAGAGGAACGUAACCCGGUGGGCUUUGUCGUCACCUCCAAAUUUGACCGUGACGCAACUAAGGAUUUAAAAUGCAAACAUUGUGGGUUGAGCGGACACGAGAAGAGUGGUUGCUUUCAACUCGUUGGAUAUCCUGAAUGGUGGGGAGAUCGCCCACGUGUCCUGAACCCGGGACGAGGUAAUGGCCGCGGCAACAACACUGGGGGACGGCGCGGUGGCAGGGGGGGCAACGCCGGCCGAGCUAACCGCGGCGGAGCUGGUGGCGGUCCAGCAGGCGGACCGGCGGCACACACGGCUCAGGCCAACGCAACGGAUGGGGGACGUGCGCUCCAUCAACCGAAUCUCCCUUCUCUCACAACCAAUCAAUGGAAUACACUUAUGGGACUCUUAAACAAGAAGGAUUCGGGUAUGGAAAGUAAAUUUUCAGGUAUGACUAACACUUCUUGGAUCAUUGAUAGUGGAGCCAGUCAAUAUAUGACCGAUCUGAGCUUGGCAGCGAUGGUGGCGGCAGCAAUGGUGGCGACGACGAUGGUAGGGGGCGGCGAUGGUGAGGAUGCGUCCGUGGGCUAUGUCGGUGAUGGUGAGAGUGGAGCGAUUAUGGUGGAGGGGGAUGGUGGAGAUGGUCGGAGAAUGGAUUGGUGGUGGAGCUGACGGCAAUGGCUGGGCUGGCGGCGAGGAGGGGAGGGGCUACGGUGGAGGCUGUGGUGGGUUCUCAAUGGUGGCAGGGCUGGGAAAGGAAGGGGAGGGUAAUUUAGGCAUUUCAUGCCUUAUUCAAGCCUCCACUAAAAAUGAGGAAAAGUCAAAGUAGGAAGCUUAUUUCCGGACAAAGGGAGUACUCCGUAAUAAAAUAAUGGGGUUAGU